CAGCGGCUCCUUCAGCCAUGUUUGAACUUUUCCUGGAAGUUUAGAGCAGCAGCUGUACGUGUUUCCACCGGAGGACGAAGAAAACACCAAGACUCGGUCCGUGUAAACUUUGCGCCACAAUGAACGCAGCAGCAGCGGUCCGGAUUAUUGGCGCAGCGCAGAGAAGAUGCGCACAGACUUUGGGACGACCUGCGCUGCUGCCGGUCUCCUCUUCCGCAGUCCAGUUCUGUCUCCAGUCCACUCAGCCCGUCCCUGCUGCCCGGCUGCCCUACAGAGUGAAGGUGUCUGCUGGGAAACGCUAUGCCUGGUGUGCUUGUGGUCACAGCAAGAAACAGCCUUUCUGUGAUGGAGCUCACCGGACUGACGCUCCCAGCAUCUCUCCUGUUCGCUUCACCCUCGACAAAGACCGAACGCUGAUGCUGUGCGCCUGCAAACAAACAAAAAACGCUCCGUACUGCGACGGCUCACAUCUCAAAGUCAUCUUUCAGGACAUCGUGAAGUCAGUGAAAGGAAUAUUUAAAUAACUGGGAUAUCAACCCUGUGAGGCCAAAGUGGAGCAAAAUAACCUCAUAGCAACACAAUGAUGUUGUUCAACAAUGUGUGUGGGUAAAAAUCAUUAUUUUUCAUAUUAAAGCAAAAUUAUUUACUGGUGCUUGUCAAUACUGGUUAGAUUAGGUGAUAUUUUCUCUGUAUAGGUUGCACUGUUUUCAGGUUAUAUUUAUAUAUUCGUAUACAAAUAUAUAAUGGAUUAAAUUACAGCAGCUUCUGACUGAUCUGAGUUUGGAAACACUCCUGAAAAAUUACAGCAUGUCCGUCCUGACUUUAGCUCUGUACAGUUUUUCCUAAAGAAUAAUUCAAAAACUGUUUUAGCUCCUGAGUCUGAACGUUGGAGAAAGUUCUGCAGAGUUCUGAUAUCUUUUUAGAGCACAUUUUGAUGGAGAUGGCAGAUCUUACACCAAAAAUUCACCCUUCUGAGUCAUUUGUUUGAUUUUUAAUUUAUAAAUUUGACAUUUCUUUAUCAGCAACUGAAGAAAUACAAAUACAAAUAAAGAAUUAUUGUCCAUUGCUGCUUUAUUCAGGGAAUUUAGGGUAAACUGUGUUAAAGGCUGAUUUAUUAUUUUUUAACCUAUAAAAAUAUUGCAGGUCCAUAUAUACAUUGGUGUUUGAGGUCAGUUAUAUUGUGCCUAAUACUUUGAAUAUUUUACUUUAUCUCAUGUACUGUAUUAAAUCUGAUAAUAAAAUAUGAAAAGAAUCUUA